UCUGGGUGCAUGGGAGUUCUUUCAUUCUUUUGCAAUACGGGUUGAAUUGUGUUUCCUGACAUCGUGAACUGUGUGUUAUAAGAGUUCCUGAAGUAAGAAGUGAAGGGUAUUCUGGACUCUAGAGAUCAUGGAAUCCUCUGUGGACCACGUCUCCUGCACCCAGACAAACCCGCUCUUUGAUCUGUCAUUCAGCAGGUCAGAUCUCUACAGUUUCCAGCCUGAUGAUCUGAAGCCAGCAAGGCCCAGAAGACAGUGGUGUUUGUAUGUGGUUGUUGUUUACCUCAUAUUCCAGACUGCACUCAAUGCCUUUCUCAUCUAUAAAGUUUCCUCGUUGCAGUCUUUCCUGUCUAACCCCCGGCUGGAGAAGCUGACGUCCAAUCACAUCCCUGAGGGCGGAGAGAUGGAAGAUGUCAACAUCCAGACCCUGGUUUACAACAACAGCCAAGAAGCCAAGACCCUAAGGAGCCACCUAUGGGCCCUCAAGAGCCAGGUCACUAGCCUGUGUGGAGAGGAGGGUCAGCUGGGCCAUCUGAAGUCCGACCUGAAGCUGCUCAACAACAGCGCCCACAAGCUGGAGGGCAAACUGACCAACAUCAGCCUCACAGCAGGACUGCCUGGUGCUCCGGGUACAAAUGGGCCCAAAGGUGAGCCAGGAGACAGGGGCCUUAAAGGUGACACUGGUGCUGUUGGCCUUCCAGGACCAAAGGGGGACAUGGGAGUCAAAGGAGAAGCUGGAGAGCCAGGAUUGGCUGGUCAAACUGGUCCCAUGGGUCCACCUGGGCUCCCAGGGGAUCAAGGACCAGGUUCAAAGGGAGAAAAAGGAGACCCUGGGGUCCCAGGUGUACCUGGACCUCCAGGCUUCAAUGGAACUGAAGGUCCUGCCGGACCACCAGGUGCCAAAGGAGACAAGGUGGACCAAGGAAAUGCACCAGAGUUGAACGUUCGUCUUGUGCCGGGGAAAUACCGCGGACGAGUGGAGGUGAGGCGCAAUGGGGUGUGGGGCACCGUGUGUGACGACAGCUUUGACACUGUGGACGGACAGGUGAUCUGUAGGAUGCUGGGCUUCCAAAGCGUCAUCUCCACCUUCACUGCCAGCGCGGGCUCUGGGAGGAUCUGGCUGGAUGACCUAAAAUGUUUAGGAACUGAGUCUGACAUCUUUAACUGCCGACACGCAGGAGUUGGAAUUAGUAACUGUAAACACAACGAGGAUGCUGGAGUGCACUGUCGCUAGAACCACAACACACCCAACCCAACAAGAACAAAAGUGUUUCAACAGUUCUACACAGUUUGAUAAACAUGAAGUGACAAGUUGACUGGCAGGUAUUACGCACAUACACACACACACACACACACACACACACACACACACACACACACACACACAUACACAAAAGCACACACAUGUCUCACUGAGGAUAUGAGCACAGAGCAGUGCUGCUGUUAAUGAUGUUCACAGCUGGAUCUCAUCACAUUUUCACAAAAUACAGCAUAUAGAAUUAUGUUCAGCUCAAAGUUUCACUUUAUUACGAAACACAUUCGCUUGAAUGACAGUGUACUGUAAACAAAUAUCAUGUCAAUAAAACUUUACUGAAGUAAA